UCAAAAAACCCCAACAUAUUUUUGUGGGGAAUUUAGAAAAAAAAUUCUUUUUUUUUUAGAAAUGUCUCUCAAAAAAUAAUUGGUAUUUUUCCAUGUGUGCAAUACCAGAGUCCUUAGAAGUAGAAUACCGAGAACCCUAAUCUAACAUGAAUUUUCUUCCCGGGUCCUUUUCUCCAGGGUGUUGAUUUUACAAAGAUUCUUCUUUGUAGUGAUGCCGGUUGUCUAGUCAAUAGGUAUGUGUAACGUAUUACUGUGUAUUUAAAAUAGGGUAAAUGAUCAGUGUUGUAGUGUUUUCUUGUGCUUAGAACACAGGAGUGAAAACCAGAUGGUUUGUAGCAGGAAGACCCACUGCUAUCAUGAGGUUCCAGGUGGCACAGUGCCAGUUGCAAAGCCCCAGAUAGGCACUGUAGAACUAUUACUUAACAUAGACUCCAUAGUGGGUAGGAAAGGCACUGGUCACCAGACCAGACAGGGAGUCAGAAGGGCAGAUGCUGAAUAGUGGAUGAACAAUGCUAGGGGUUCCUCAAAGUGAAAAACCAAGCACCAUCAGGCUGCAUCCUUGAAGACAUCCAUGCUCACUCAGCUCCAGACAUGCUCUGAGACUUGACAGGUAGCGAAUGGCUCUCCACCACAUAACCCAGUUAGCUCUUAUAUAACCACUGAUCUGUAGGCACUUUACCAAGUAACAUCAUCUGCAUGUUACAGAUAGGGAAACUGAGGCACUGAGCAGGGACGUGACUUACCCACGAUCACACAGAGAGCUGGAAAUAGAACAUAAGUCUGGGCUACCAGUCCCCUGUUCCUGCCACUAGGCCACAUUCCCCCCACUAACCUUGGCUAACCCUCCAGAGCCAUGUUUGUUCCACCCAGCAGCUUCCCUUAAUGGUCCAUGAAAUACAGCCAUGAAAUGGCCUUGCUAACUAGAGCAUGAGUCCACCUGCGCUUUGAAAUGCCUUCCAGAUGUGGCAGGAAGCUCUUGGGUUUUCGCAUGAUCAGUUUAGCACGCUGCUUGAUCUGAAUGGUAAAUCGGUGAUUAAUUUCACACUGAAAGCAGGAGUUUGGAGGUAGGGGUGGGAAUUGGGUAUGAGCAAAUUAGCCUUUUCCCUACCUUAGCAGUUUGAGAUGUGCCAUAAUUUAGUGAUUAAUUUCACGAUGGAAUACUUUUCUCUUUGGCAAGAGAUCAACAGAAAGCUGCCGGGUUUAGUGCACUUAUUACGCCAGGACUUCCUUUUGUGAGACUCUAUAUUAUUCUUUAGCAAUUACAGUGCCUGGGUUUUUCACAAAUCACUUGGAAUCUCUCUCUCGCUCUGAUUCUGAUUCUCUCACUGACAAAGCUCUUCAGGUUUGGGAGGUUUUGGUUGUUUUUAUUUGCCUAAAUAAUUGCACAUCUCCUUAUCAUGAGUGCUAUUCCUACCCCGCCCCCUCUCAACUGGACAUUUCCAUUGCUGUUGCUGCUGCAUGUGGAGAGAGAAGCGUAGGAACAGUGCACUAGACAGUAAUAUUGUACUGGGCUCACAACGGUGUGUUCCCCUCUCUUAUUUACAUCCGUACUCACACCUGUGUGCUGAGCCACACGGGGUUUCAUGCCAAGCAGGCUUUUGUGAGCAUGUACAAGCAACAUGAAGCCUUCAGAAAUCUCACAGAGAGAAUUCAGUGUGCUGGUGAAACUGAAUGAGCCGUUGUGAUGUUCGGCAAUUCUACUUGAAGAUCUCAGAAACGUAAGUGAACUAAGCCUCCCAGCCUGCCAGCCAGAUAGCAUCGUCCCCAUUUUGCAGGUAGUGAGCCAGAUUGACAAGCUGACGUCGGAUUUUGAGUUUGAGCUGGAGCCAGAUGACUGGACCACGGCCACAGUGAGCAGCACAUCCAGCAGCGACAAAGGGGGUGGCACGUUCGACCUAGGCCAGCUGGAUUUCAUGACCUCGGACAUCCUCUCUGACAGCUGGGAGUUCUGCUCCUUCCUGGAGGUCUCCACCCCAUCUGACUCCGGGGACGGCUCAGAGCAGCAGCCAGGCCGCCAGCCAGACUACCGGCUGAUGAACGGUGGGGUGCUGACCCCUAACGGACCCCAGGUGGAGACACCUGACUCUUCCAGUGAGGAGGCCUUCAGCUCCGGCCCCAACCUCAAAGCCCAGCACCAGAGGACGCCAGGCAUGAGGGAGCGGGUCCGCUUCAGUGACAAGGUGCUCUACCAUGCCUUGUGCUGCGACGAUGACGAUGGGAACAACCAGGAAGGCACUGGUGGGCCGCCACCACCCAAGGACCUUCCGGAGGAGCCCAUUGAGGCGGGGCACAAGCUACCAGCUGGGCCCUCUGCCAAUCUGCUGCCACUGCUGCAGCGGCACUCUCCUCACCUGAGUGCCACUCAGCAACGGAAACUGAUGAAGAACAGCAGCACACAGACCGUGUCGGACAAAAGCACUCAGACAGUGCUGCCCUACGUAUCGGCCAAGCAGAAAAUCAAAGGCAAAAACUGAGCAGGGGUG